GGUUAUGACUCUCCUGCGACUGGCAGUGGUACUGACGGCCCUGGCUCUGGCCUGCGCUGCGACGCAGCCGUCGUCGCCGUAUCUGGGCAAGCGCGCCCUUGUUCUUCUCGACUCGAUGGAGCAAAAGCAGUCGUUCUCAAUCUACUUUGCUGCCCUUGAGAACAAGGGCUACGAGCUGACGUUUGCUCGGGCGGACGAUGCGGCGGUCAAGCUUGUGGAGUUUGGCGAGUACCUGUUCGACCAGCUGGUCCUGUUUGCGCCGGCAACCGAGCGGCUUGCGGCCGGGGUGGACGCGACGGCGGUGAUGGAGUUUGUGCGGGCAGGACGGUCGGUCGUCCUUGCUGGCGCGUCCAACAUGGCCGAGCCCAUGCGCGAGCUGGCGGCCGAGUGCGGCCUGGUCUUUGACGAGCAGGACUCGUAUGUGCUCGACCACGUCAACUUUGACGCCUCGGACGCCGAUGGCCCGCACACACUCAUUGCUGCCGAUGGCUUUGGCCUCGCCGCCGAGGCUGUUCUUGGCACUACCGAGCUCAAUCCGGUUCUCUUCCGCGGCAUCGGACAUGCAGUGCUCGGCGCUGGCGACGACGAGGGCCUCGUGCUCGAGGUGCUCUCUGGCUCGGCCUUUGCCUACUCGCACGUCCCGUCGCAGACUGUGGAGACCCCACUGACCGUCGGCGCCACGACUGCGCUUGUCACUGCGCUUCAAGCGCGCAACAACGCGCGGAUGGUGGUCUCGGGCUCGAUCGAGCUCUUUUCCGACGCCUUUAUCUCGGCGACCGUGACCAAGGCCUCGGGCGCUCCGUCGGGCGUGGCCUCGGGCAACCUCGAGUUUGCACUCCGGCUCACGGCUUGGGCGUUCCAGGAGCGCGGCAUGCUCCGGCUCUCCAACACCCACCACUACAAGACCGGCGACGCCGACAAGGUCCAGGGCUCGGUUUACCGUGUCAAGGACGACAUCGAGUUCCACACCACCAUCGAGGAGUGGACCGGCACAGCCUGGCAGCCGUACACCGCGUCCGAUGUCCAGAUCGAGUUCCAGAUGCUUGACCCGUACGUCCGCCUUACCAUGACCCACGACUCGGCCGGCCACUACGUUGGCGCCUUCAAGGUCCCGGACGUCUACGGUGUUUUCCAGUUCAAGCUCACCUACCGCCGCCACGGCUAUUCGUCGCUGCUCUAUGCCGAGCAGGUGGUCGUCCGUCCCUUCCGCCACAACGAGUUUGAGCGGUUCAUUACCCAGGCCUGGCCCUACUACACCUCGGCCUUUUCCAUGAUGGGCUGCUUCUUCCUCUUCUCCUUUGUCUUUUUGCACAACCGAGACUAGAGAGCACUCCCCGAUGCCGCAUAAAUGCAAGCAUGAUCCA